GCGCCUCCGUCCGCUCCUCGCUGCCGCUCAGCAGCCUGCCCGGCGGGCCGCGCCGCUCCAUGGCGACCCACAGCCCCUGCAUCGUGAUUGGCGAUGAUGAACAAGGUUACGACCUGGACUUGUUCUGCAUACCAAAACAUUAUGCGGAUGAUCUGGAGAAAGUCUAUAUUCCUCAUGGGCUCAUCAUGGACAGGACAGAGAGACUGGCACGUGAAAUUAUGAAGGGCAUGGGAGGACACCACAUUGUAGCUCUCUGUGUACUGAAGGGCGGCUAUAAAUUUUUUGCUGAUUUGUUAGACUACAUCAAAGCACUGAACAGAAACAGUGACAAAUCAAUCCCCAUGACUGUGGACUUCAUUAGGUUGAAGAGUUACUGUAAUGAUCAGUCAACUGGAGAUAUAAAAGUCAUUGGUGGGGAUGAUCUCUCAACCUUGACUGGAAAGAAUGUUUUAAUUGUAGAAGACAUCAUUGAUACUGGGAAAACAAUGAAAACGUUGCUGUCUCUACUAAAGCAGUACAAUCCAAAGAUGGUGAAGGUGGCCAGUUUGUUGGUCAAAAGAACUCCUCGAAGUGUGGGAUAUCGGCCAGACUUUGUUGGAUUUGAAGUGCCAGACAAAUUUGUUGUGGGAUACGCCCUCGAUUACAAUGAAUACUUCAGAGAUUUGAAUCAUAUCUGUGUGAUCAGUGAGACGGGGAAGCAGAAGUACAAAGCAUGAAAGCACGGUUGAAGUGCUCUGACUACAAAGCUUUGAAAUGUCUUGUUUACCAAGUCCUAUCUCUCACUGGCUUCAACUCUGGUACACCAGCUGAAAUUGUAGAACGCCCCGUCGUCAUACGCUUACUGUAACUUAUUGCAUGUACAAUAUCAGAAUCUCAUCUUGUUCAUUUAUAUUAUAGAAAUGUAAACAACCAGUGCAGUUCUGCACUCCUUAUUUUGAUUUGCACUAUGACUCUACCGACUAUUGCUGCCCCUGGUUGGGUUGUGCUGUUUGUGAGCUCCAGAGUCUAACUCUUGCAGUGGUAAAUUGCUUAAACCUCAUCAACCCAGAACUGAAAUAGUUCGAGUACUGUAAAUGUAAAACAUUUUAUGAUAGGGAAGUCUAUUAGUAAUAUUUUUAAAAAGCUGUAAUUUAAGUUUUAUAUUUUAAUUCACAAAUGUGAUUGUGAUUAAAGGAUAGUUGCACCUUUGGGUGUUAUGGAACACGAGAAGCAGCCAGUUACAGUAUCUGUAAUCUCCAGGGAGCCACUGACGCCUCCUGGAGUUGCCUUAUUGCUGUAAAAAGGAGUCUGGGUGAAAAACAAUGUCUUCUUUUUUUUUUCUUUUUUUGAGAUGGAAUGACAGAAUGUUUGAAGUCUAGUUUUAGUUGAGCUGCCUGUUUCUUUCAGGUUUUUUUUUUUCUUUAAAAAUAUCCAUCAGACAGUGAAAUUGCCUUUUAAAUUUAAACAGUUUUAAUAUAUUUGUGGGAAAAAAAGAAGAAAAAGUAUUGUAAUGUUUACUUUCUAAGAACUACAAAGCAAAGUACUUUAAAUAAAGGCUCUCUCUUUAAAAUA